GAAAUCUCACACGCACGGCGGCCGCCUCUCCCCUCUCGAGACAAGCCAGCGGAGAAUUGUCAGAUAGGAUUGACCGGGCAGGGAUCGUCCUGGAACAAGCCAUGUCCUGUCGUCUCUGAUUUAACCCGCUGCAAUAAGAACAUUAUUAGACCAGGAACUCGGUCCUAG